UUUAUGUAAACAAGUCUCCAACACCAGUGUCCAACAGUAAUGACAUCAUACUCCCUCUCUAACCUUGGGAUGAUUACCACCAAUACAAGAGUGUUUGCAAGCGCCCCUUUCAUGUCCAUCCAAGCAGAUAAGUCUACUCUAGGAGGGGUAUAGCAAUUGUUCAUUCCUUAUUCACUGUUUCUAAUCUAGCAAGACCAGUGCUCAUUGCUGCUUAUGAAGGGGUCCCUUUCAAUAAGAUGAAUAUAUACAAAAGGAUUUCCAGUGCACUAUCAGCACCCUCCUUUCAUCUAUAAGACAGGGCAGACUAUAUUUGGGUUAGCUUACAAUAUUCUACGAAAAUGAACAUGAUUAUUAUUUGAACUUUUUUCGUUUAUCAUGGAGCCAUCAGAGAGCAAAAGGUCUGAAAAUAAUCUGGUGUUUAAACCAGUAAACCAUUCUGAAGAGUUGACCCUCCAGAGUAAUCCUCAAGUCAUUGAGGAUGAUGAUGCUUGGAUGAGGGAGGAUGCAAUUUCCUUAGAAGAUGAAGAUGAGGAGAAACAGGAAGUGUUGCCUUUUGGUCUUAACCAGUCUUGGCCCAGGGUAUCUUGUCCAUCUUCCAGACGUGAUACUUUUCCCAAGGUACACCCAAAGAAGAAGCUACUGAGGCAGAUUAGUCAGGAGUCUCUUGAUGAAUCUACCAAUCUUCUUCUGGGGCACAUCGUGAUGCUUCCAGAUCCUCCACAGGAACUACUCAUGGAAAAGAGUUUAUUUGCUCAGCAUCCUUUGGUUGAAGAAGAUCAUGAACAGUUACAUCUAGACAUGAGUGAAAAUAUUUACAUCAGUGAAGAAAGGAAGAUUGAUGUCCAGGAGGAGCAAGAUAAUUCUGUUCAGGUAUCAGAUGCCAGACUGCUAGGCUCUCCAGUCUCAGGAAAGGAAAUUGAAGAGCAGAAAAACAUGCUUCCUGAUCUAGAAUCAAUUGAGAAAGACUGUUGUGAUAGUGAUGAUAACCACUUGGAAAUUCCUACUGAUUCUGAUUCAAGUAAGCCAGUACAAAAUAGUGUUGGAGACAUUUGUGAAGAUCAGAUAUUAAAGGUGGAGCCUACUGAGGUUCCUAUGCUUUGUGAUAUCAAAGAUUCUGAGAAUGAAGAUGUAGAUCGGCAUAACCUUAAUACUGAAUCUGAAAUACAGGGGAAAUCAGAAGAAACAGUUGAGAUCAAGACUGGUAUUGAAAAUGAAGUAAGAGAUUCUUUCAGUGGUUUUAAUAUGAAUGCUUACCAAGGAGGUUUGGAAGAUUAUUCAGAGCAAGAUGUGCAUAAAAAUCACAGUGAGCAUGGUGAAGGAAUCUGUGUGCCACCAGAAUUACCACAAGCUGUAUCUCCUGAAUUAACGUUGGAAACAGAAGUCAUCACAAGUCCUGAAAGGUCGGUCAGAAAGAAAGUAUCCCCAGGAGGGAGGAGAAAGCCUCCACUUCUUCGAUACCUCAGUCAGGAAUCUAUUGAAGAAUCAACCAACCUGCUGAUGGAUCACGUUGUGAUGAUGGAUCUCCAACAAAAGCCACUCCAUACCAGUCCAGAAGGGACAGAAUCAAGGUGUCCAUACUUGGUUGAUAUCAAGGAGUCUCCUCUUUUAGACGAAGAUACCAUCAGGAAAGUCAAUGAGGAAGAUGAAAUGUUUCUGUUUCAAGGAGAAGAUGAUAGUUGUGAGGAGGAGGAAGAAGAAGGACAGAAGGAUAUUGGAAAGGAGGCUUUAAAGGAUGAUUCUUUGCUUUCCAUUGCUUCAAAAUCAUUUGUAUCAGAUGCUGCUGCAAGCACUCUCAAGGACAUUGAGCUGAUAAGGGUAGAGCUGGACAAUGCAAUACAUGCCUUUGAGAAUCUUAAAGAUGAAUUUCCAGACAGGAUAGGUGAUAGUCUACUUCCUAAGGCUGAUGACGUAAUUCUUGCAGACAUUAAUGAUGAUGAAGAUUGGGAUGCUAUAGAAAAUGUGGACAGUAGUGCAUUUGGCAUUCUUCCAGAUGAAAUCCUCAUAAAUAUCUUCAAGUAUUUCUCUCAUAGUGAACUUUGUGACCCUAUCAUGCUUGUAUGCAAGAAAUGGAACAUCCUUGCCAAAGAUCCAUUGCUAUGGCAUUACCUGGACCUGUCCAACAAAGCCGGGAUACCUUCAGAUGUGCUUCAGAAUGUCUUCCAACGAUGUAGUCUGCUCCAUGGUAUAACAUUCCGUGGACGUGAUGAGGUCAGUACCCAGGAAAUCCAGGCCAUCAUUGACUACUGUCCCGACGUAGCCAGUCUUGAAUUUGGCUUUGUCCGUUCUAUGCAAGAUGACCAGUUCAGUCUGUUGAUCAGCAGGUGUAGGUCAUUGACCUCUCUGAACAUGGAAGGGUGUGAUGGCAUCACUGAUAGCCUCAUCUCCAAGUUGAUUCUUCUACCAAAGCUAAGAUGUCUCAAUCUUUCUCACUGUACCAAGCUAACAGAUGGGGCGGUCUUUGAGAUUGCAAGAUUCUGUGAUCAUCUUGAAGAGCUCAACAUCAAUGGCAUUCCUUGGAUCACUGACGUUGCUGUAACCAUGCUAUGUGAUGAGAGACUAGCCAAGUUAAAAUGUCUGAGACUAGAUGGAGCGGAGCUGACUGAUCUAUCAAUUCAUCAUGUUGUACAAUGUCCAAACCUAGAGGAACUCAACAUUUCAUUCUGUGAGCAGCUGACUGACUACUCUCUAACCAUGCUGAAGGAGUGGAAGAAUCCAGUACGUCUUCGUCUUCAGAAGGGCAAGGAGUUCUCAGAGGAAGCUUUAGCCAACCUCUUCAUCUCCCCUCACUUGUCUAACCUGACUUUCCUUGACCUUUCUGAGUGUUCCGAGUUAAGAGAUCCAGGUCUUAUCAACAUUGCUACCAGAUGUCCUCUUCUCACUCAUCUUGCCAUUGAAUGGUGCUGGUUUAUUUCUGAUGUUAGUUUGGUCCAAGUAUUAGAUAACUGCAGAUAUUUAGAACACCUUGAUCUGAUAGGUCUCCAUUCUAUUCUUGGCCAUUGCUUAGCAGACAUCCCAACCAAACUACCCCAUUUAGAAUUCCUUGAUCUAAGACAGUGCAAUAGGAUCACAGAUGCCAUGCUGGUACAGAUUGUUUCUGUGAAACACAACCUUGUCAUUAUGAAUUAUUAUGGAGAGGAAGUAGUCUAUGGCAACAUCCCUGGUACAUUGGAUAUAUGAGAACAAUACACCAUGUGUAGGCAUUCUGGAAGAUUUGUAACCAUGGCGAUGCCUUGAGAUCCCGUCUCCACUCUGAAGGCAUCCACGGCCACUGCCAGGUCAGAGUGCAGCGUUCAGGAUGAGGCAUGAUGGCAAGAUGACGACCAUCGGGUGAACAGAGAGCUGCGAUACCGUCUGGAGAACCAUUGGGGUUUAGUGGAUACUGGGUGGUCGGGGCGCCCUCAUCGUCAACAUAACGGACAGGUGCAAGGUUGUUGGACAGGAUGGAUGAGUGGAUGGACUCGUUGGCAAACUUCAUCUUGCCUGCAUAGGAUCAGAAUAUCAAAUUAUAUUGAAUUUCAUGACUAGAACUUCAUGAAAUGUAAAUCAUUUUGCAAUUUUCCAUUAAUGGAUGCAUACACAUAUGACAUGAA